AUGUUUCGCCCGGACCUCGACGCCAUUGAUACCCUGCGGACCGAUGCCGUCCACGUCCGCGAACCGCACGUCAGCGGCAUCAAGAAGCUCCAGGCGUACGCCGCCCAGCUGGUCUGGAUCGGCGGCAAGUUUCCAAUCGACAUUGGCGCCGAAUUCACCUGGUACCCCGCGCUAGGCUACAAUACCGAACGGCCAAUGGUCCGCAACAACCUCAAGUACGAGCUCAUGAACGUCCUCUACAACCUGGCGUCGCUGUACUCGCAGCUCGCCAUCAGCACUUCGCGCGCCAACACCGACGGUCUCAAGACGGCCGCCAACUACUUUUCGCAGGCUGCCGGCGUGCUGUCCCACUUGAAGACGACCGUCCUGCCCGAGCUGCGCAUGUCGGACCCGCCCGAGGACAUGGACGAGCACACGCUCGAGUCGCUGACGCAGCUGCUGCUGGCCCAGAGCCAGGAGUGCUUCUGGCAGAAGGCUGUCAUGGACGGCUACAAGGACGCUUCGAUUGCCAAGCUCGCCGCACGAGUCUCCGACCUCUACAAUCUGGCCGGCGAGUCGGCCGUCAAGAGCGAAGCCAUCAGCAGCGCCUGGAUACACCACAUGACGGCCAAGCACCACCACUUUGCGGCUGCCGCGCAGUAUCGCGCUGCUUGUGACUGCCUGGAGAAGAGGAGAUAUGGCGAAGAGGUAGCACGUCUGCAGGAUGCGGUACACUGCGUCAACGAAGGCAUCAAGGAAACCAAGGGUGGAUAUCUCAACAAGAUUGUUGUUGAAGACUUGAAUGCGCUCAAGCGAAAGGUGGAAGAGGAUCUGAAACGGGCAGAAAAAGACAACGACAUCAUCUUUUUGAACAUUGUGCCACCAAAGUCGGAGCUCAAGAUUCUUGAACGAGCAAACAUGGCCGUCGCCAGAGUGCCGAAGCAAGUCUCGGAUCCCUACGAGUUCUUUGGAGACAAAGCCGAGUUUGGGCCAGCGCUCUUUUCCCGCCUGGUCCCAUUUUCGGUACACGUCGCCACUUCGAUAUACGAGGAACGACGCGACCGAAUGGUGGACCAAAAUAUCAUCCAAGAACUCGAAACAAUGACGGAGCAGUUCCACAACGUUCUGGCGUCCCUUGGUCUGCCAGGCUCUAUACAAGCUGUGGAGAAGCCUCUAGGACUACCACCCAGCCUCGUACAGCAUGCCGAGGAGAUUCGGCAAGCAGAUGGUGUCAAUAGAAUUCACAAGUCCUUUAUCGAUAUUGAUAAACUGCGGGCAGCCGACAUGGCUAUUUUUCAGGAAGGGUUCACAACGCUGGCGGCUGAAGAGGACGAGGAUCAGGAAUUGCGCGCCAAGUAUGGCACCGAUCGGUGGUCUCGCCCCGACAGCAAAAACGACCCGCAAGGCGCAAAGCUUUGGAACCACGUCACAGAGAUUGAAAGCUACUUUGAGAGUAGCUUGAGCAGCGAUAGCGUGGUGCGUGAGAAAUAUGCAGCCAACGAGGACUUGUUGCGUAUCCUGUCAGGCCCUGACAGUGGCAUCUCAAAAUACGUACCUUCUGGUGGCCAGGUGGACAUGCGCGAAGACCUCCGGACGUCCAUGGGCAAGAUCCGUAGCGCGUAUAGUGACGCGGUACGCCUCGAGAGCAAGCGACGAGUCAAGGUGAAGAACUUGAAGGAGAAUGCCAAGCGCGACGACAUCAAGCCUGAUAUCCUAAAGGAAGCUGCCAGGCUGGAACGCACAUAUCCCACAACCACCAUUGUGCCAGCGCACUUUGAAGAUUUCUUUGACAAGAGACUGGACAAGCUAUAUGAGCCAGAGAUUGAGGCGCUGGGCAAAGAAGCCAAGGAGCAGGAGCAGCUCGUUGCACAGCUAGAGAGGGCAAAUCGCGAGUUUGAGGCACAAAAGCAAAAGGGAAGCUCACGUGCGAACCGCGAACGCGAACAAGCGCUGCAGAGACUGGAUUCGGCAUACUACAAGUACAAGGAGAUUCUCAACAACUUGGACGUGGGCCGGAAAUUCUACAAUGACCUGAGCAAAAUUGUUGGGCAAGGCUUCCGGGAUGUAGCCAAGUCGUGGGUUGCUCAGCGGCGUAUGGAAGCCAGAGCUUUAGAAGAGGAGCUAAGCAUGCCAACGCUGUCGAAUCUCAACAUAUCGAGAAACCGCACGCCGGUACACAACGCGCCUCCGCAGGGAAUUUACCAACAGCAACAGCCCCAGCAACAAAGCUAUUACGGUGGCAUGCCGCAGCAGGGCGGGCCGGUGGAGGUUGCAGCCAUCCAGUCGUGGGCUGGCGCGGGCGGCAACGUGCAGCAACCACAGCCCAUGCCUCCCGUGGCGAACCCGAUGGGCGGGAUGUGGACGCCGGGGGCAGGUAUCCAGUUCGGAGGAGGAGGACCGCCGCAGACGGGAGGCGGCAGCGGCGGUGAAGGGCAGCAACCGGGGCAAGGGACAUGGAAUCCAAACUCGGGCAUCAAAUUUGGGUAG